CUCUUCCCGAAUUCGAGUCUCACCAUAGGCUUUUCGGAACAUUAGUCAGCGGGUUCUGCUUGCUCAUUGGCCCAUCAGCCUGUCUGUCAGCGCGCUGAGAGGGAGUUGACGUAAUCUCUCGGCUAAAUCAAGGCAAUCUAUCAAUUCUUCUUUUCGCUUGUAUGCAUAUAGGCGUCCGCCGUUCAUCUGUACGGGAGAAUAAGCUGGUCAGAGGAGUCACCGUUUCCAAAUACAGAUCCUUCCGGCGGAGGAUACCGCUAUAAUGGGUGUUUUUCACGGAAGUGGACUUUAUAGCAGUUUCCUUGCGCACAGAUUGUGAUAGAAAUCAACAUAUCUUGACACCCGCUAGCUAGCGUUAGUUCUCGCCACAGUCCGGUGGUGUUGGUGUUGUCUUUUGCAAGAGUCUCCAAACGAGGGAUACAUAAGGAUUCUUACAGGGACACGGAUCUUAAACUGCAAACAUGUCUGGAGCGUCUGUAAAAGUCGCUGUUCGAGUUCGACCCUUCAACUCCAGGGAGCUCAGCAAGGAGUCAAAAUGUAUCAUUCAGAUGCAAGGCAACACUACAACUAUCCUCAACCCCAAAGCCCCAAAGGAACCAGCAAAGACCUUCAGUUUUGAUUACUCCUACUGGUCUCAUACCUCUCCCGAUGACCCCUCCUUUGCCUCACAGAACCGUGUGUACAAUGACAUCGGCAAGGAAAUGCUGGCGCAUGCUUUUGAGGGUUAUAAUGUCUGCAUCUUUGCUUAUGGCCAGACAGGAGCUGGCAAAUCCUACACCAUGAUGGGGAAGCAGGAGGAGGGGCAGGAAGGAAUCAUUCCCAUGCUAUGUGAAGAUCUGUUUGAGAAAAUUAAUGAGGACAACAACAAAGAGGAUCUCUCCUACUCAGUAGAGGUCAGUUACAUGGAGAUCUACUGUGAGCGUGUCCGAGAUUUGCUCAAUCCCAAGAACAAAGGGAACCUGCGAGUCCGAGAACACCCGCUGCUGGGUCCCUAUGUAGAGGAUCUGUCCAAGCUAGCUGUCACCUCCUACACAGACAUUGCUGAUCUAAUGGAUGCAGGCAACAAGGCCAGAACUGUAGCUGCCACCAACAUGAAUGAGACCAGCAGCAGGUCCCACGCUGUUUUCACCAUUGUGUUCACACAGAGGAAACACGACAGCGAGACGGACCUCUCCACAGAAAAGGUCAGUAAAAUUAGCCUGGUAGAUUUGGCAGGCAGUGAACGAGCAGAUUCAACUGGAGCUAAAGGUACCAGGCUAAAGGAGGGAGCAAACAUCAACAAAUCUCUCACCACAUUAGGAAAGGUGAUCUCUGCUUUGGCUGAAGUGGAUAAUUGUACCAGCAAGAGCAAGAAGAAGAAGAAGACUGACUUCAUCCCAUACAGGGACUCAGUUCUGACGUGGCUGCUGAGGGAGAACCUCGGUGGAAACUCCAGAACAGCCAUGGUAGCUGCCCUCAGUCCUGCAGACAUAAAUUACGAUGAAACCCUCAGCACUCUGCGCUAUGCAGACCGGGCCAAGAACAUCAAAUGCAAUGCUGUCAUCAAUGAGGAUCCCAACAAUAAGCUGGUGCGCGAACUGAAGGAUGAAGUGGCCCGACUGAAGGAGCUGCUCCGUGCCCAGGGCCUGGGAGACAUUCUGGACAUUGAUCCUAUGGGGGAUGAUUACCCUGGAAGUGGAGUCAAAUGUGACAGUGCUCAAAGCUUUAAAAUGUCCCUGCUGAGUGCUCAAACUGAGGCUCAGAGCUACAGACGGAAAGCCCCUAUUGGUUCCCUGACAGCCUCUCCAUCCUCUGGCUUGCUGUGCAGCCAGGGGGGCCUUCAGUCAGUCACCAGCAUCCAGGAGCGCAUCAUGUCCACACCUGGAGGAGAAGAGGCCAUUGAAAGACUCAAGGAAUCAGAAAAGAUCAUUGCUGAGCUCAAUGAAACCUGGGAAGAGAAACUGCGAAAGACUGAGGCAAUCCGCAUGGAGAGGGAGGCUUUACUUGCAGAGAUGGGUGUGGCAAUCCGUGAAGAUGGAGGCACUUUGGGUGUAUUUUCUCCUAAAAAGCUUAGUGAUGAAGGGCCAUUUGAUGAGCCGUUUGAUUGUUUUGCCACCAAGAAGCCUUGUGAUCUCUAUGCAGACUUUAAUGGGGUAUUCUCACCUAAAAAGACUCCACACCUGGUUAACCUGAAUGAGGAUCCUCUCAUGUCUGAGUGUCUGCUCUACUACAUCAAAGACGGCAUUACAAGAGUGGGUCAGGCCGACGCCGAAAGAAGACAGGACAUUGUUUUGAGUGGUGCUCAUAUCAAAGAGGAACACUGCUACUUCCGCAGUGAAAGGAAUGCCAACGGAGAUGUUAUUGUCAUGCUGGUGCCGUGCGAGGGAUCAGAGACCUACGUCAACGGCAAGCGUGUCGAGGACGCAAUCCAGCUUCGUUCUGGCAAUCGCAUCAUCAUGGGCAAGAACCACGUGUUCCGGUUCAACCACCCGGAGCAGGCCAGAGCUGAACGGGAGAAGACGCCAUCGGCCGAAACCCCCGUGGAGCCGGUCGAUUGGACGUUUGCUCAGAGAGAGCUCCUAGAGAAACAGGGCAUUGACAUGAAGCAGGAAAUGGAGAAAAGACUCACUGAGAUGGAAAUCUUGUACAAAAAGGAGAAGGAAGAAGCGGACCAGCUUCUGGAGCAACAGCGACUGGUUUACGAGAGCAAAUUGCAGGAGCUUCAGAAACAAGUGGAGACUCGUUCGUUGGUAGCUGAGACACCUGAUGAAGAAGACUUGGAGGAGGAGGAAGAAGAGGAAGUGCCGUGGACCCAGCAUGAGUUUGAGCUGGCUCAGUGGGCCUUCAGGAAGUGGAGGUACCAUCAGUUCACCUCCCUCCGUGAUCAGCUGUGGGGAAAUGCCGUCUACCUAAAAGAGGCUAAUGCUAUUAGUGUGGAGCUAAAGAAGAAAGUCCAGUUCCAGUUUGUCCUGCUGACAGACACGCCAUACUCCCCGCUGCCCCCUGAGCUCCUCCCCCCAGAGCCAGAGAAAGAGCGUGACCCCAGGCCUUUCCCUCGCACCGUGGUUGCCGUAGAGGUCCAGGACCUGAAGAAUGGAGCCACACACUACUGGUCCCUUGAAAAACUCAAGCAGAGGCUCGACCAGAUGAGAGCAAUGUAUGACCGCGCUGGAGAAAUGGCCUCCACGCACCAGGAGGAUUGCGAGGGCACUCUGACAGGAAACGACCCCUUCUAUGACCGUUUCCACUGGUUUAAACUCGUGGGGAGCUCCCCCAUCUUCCACGGUUGUGUCAAUGAGCACCUGGCUGACCGCACGCCCUCGCCUACUUUCUCCACCACCGACUCUGAGAUCACAGAGAUGGCGGACGAGCGCCAGAGCGAGAUGUCGGACUUGAUUGACGACGAGGCGUUCGUGGAUGACACCAGCUCAGAUGCCGGCACCGAAGAAGGUUCGGACAUCUUCAGUGAUGGCCAGGACCCCUUCUACGACCGCUCCCCCUGGUUCAUCCUGGUGGGAAGAGCUUUUGUGUACCUGAGCAACCUGCUGUACCCUGUACCUCUGGUUCACCGUGUUGCCAUAGUAACAGAGAAGGGCGAGGUCCGUGGUUUCCUGCGCGUGGGGGUCCAGGCUAUAGCUGCUGACGAGGAAGCUCCAGACUACGGGUCAGGAGUGAGACAGUCAGGAACUGCCAAGAUUUCCUUUGAUGAUGAGUACUUUAAAAAGAAUGACUUCCCCUCCAAGGUCAUAACCCGCUCCGGGUUGUCCCUGGAAGAGCUGCGCAUUGUGGAGGGCCAGGGUCAGAGUUCAGAGGUCAUCACGCCCUCAGAGGAGCUCAACAGAAUCAAUGACAUGGACCUCAAGCUGGGUAAUGUCGCAGAAAGCAAGCUAGGUCAUAGUGAUGAUCUGGGAAGCCACCUGGAGGUGGGAAGCGUCUAUACCUUCCGUGUCACUGUGCUCCAGGCCAGCGGCAUCCCGCCCGAGUAUGCCGACAUCUUCUGCCAAUUCAAUUUCCUGCACCGUCAUGAUGAGGCUUUCUCCACUGAGCCUCUGAAGAACACAGGCAAAGGAGCUCCGCUGGGCUUUUACCACGUCCAGAAUAUUUCUGUCGAAGUUACAGAGUCUUUUGUUGAGUACAUCAAGAGCAAACCCAUCGUGUUUGAAGUGUUCGGGCACUACCAGCAGCACCCGCUGCAUCUCCACGGCCAGGACGUGAUCAGUCCUCCAACACCGUCAAGGAAAUACUACCCUAUUCCCAUGCCUCUGUCUAAACCAGACCAUACCCGUAAGAUAGAGUUGAUCCGCUACCUCGUGAGCGGCUAUGUGAACGGUAAAGUGCUGGACACGCUGUCCGAGCACGCCAACUCCCUGGCUUCCUCUGCCCUGGCCAGUCUGGAGGACGAGGCUGACCAGCUCUCUCACUUCCCCUUCCUCCCAGCGGCCAGUGACCCUGUGCUAACUGUCCCCAAGCACCAUGUUCCAGCCACCAAGUUGAACACCAUCACGAAGUCCAACCUGGGUCAGUGUGUCAGCAAGUAUGACCUGCUGGUCUGGUUUGAGAUCAGUGAGCUGGAGCCCACUGGAGAGUACAUCCCAGCCAUCGUGGAUCACAGUGGAGGACUGCCCUGCCACGGUACCUACCUGCUGCACCAGGGAAUCCAGCGGAGGAUCACAGUGACCCUCAUCCAUGAGAAAGGCAGCGAGCUCCACUGGAAGGAUGUUCGUGAGCUGGUUGUAGGUCGUAUCAGGAACAAGGCUGAAGUGGACGAUAGCGCAGCAGAUGCUGUCCUGUCCCUUAACAUCAUUUCUGCCAAGAACAUCAAGUCAUCCCACAACAGCAACAGGCUUUCUAUUGAUAAGGAUAUUGAUAGGACUUUCUAUCGCUUUGAGGCAGUGUGGGACAGCUCGCUGCACAACUCCCUCCUGCUCAAUCGAGUCACUCCCUAUGGAGAGAAGAUCUACAUGACCCUGUCUGCAUAUCUGGAGCUGGACCAUUGCAUCCAGCCUGCCAUUAUCACCAAAGACAUCUGCAUGGUCUUUUACUCGCGAGACGCCAAGAUCUCCCCACCCCGUUCUCUCAGGAACCUCUUCGGGAGUGGAUACUCCAAAACUCCUGACUGCAACCGAGUCACGGGGAUCUACGAGCUGAGUUUGUGUAAGAUGUCUGACACCGGAAGCCCAGGGAUGCAGAGGAGAAGGAGAAAGGUCCUGGACACGUCGGUGGCUUAUGUGCGUGGAGAGGAGAACCUGGCUGGCUGGAGGCCCAGAGGAGACAGCCUCAUCCUGGAGCACCAAUGGGAGCUAGAGAAAAUGGAGCAGCUGCAGGAGGUGGAAAAGACCCGUCACCUUCUCGCGCUGAGGGAGAAGCUGGGAGAGGCGGCUCCAGUUGGAACAGCUCCCACCACCAAGUCCCUGAGCGAGUCGCUGUCCCCCAGCAUGAGCUCCGGCACUCUGUCCACCUCUACCUCUAUCUCCUCGCAGAUCUCCAACACCACCUUUGAAAGCGCCAUCACGCCGAGCGAGAGCAGCGGCUACGAUUCCACCGACAUCGAGAGCCUGGUGGAUCGUGAGAAGGAGCUGGCCACCAAGUGCCUGCGCCUUCUGACACACACCUUCAAUAGUGAAUACAACCAGCUUGUCAACAGUAUCAGUGACUGCAAGCUCUCUGACAUCUCACCAAUCGGACGUGAUCCGUCAGUGACAAGCUUCAGCAGUGCCACCCUCACCCCCUCCUCUACCUGCCCCUCUCUGUCGGACUCCCGCUGUGGCUCCAUGGACCAGAAGACCCCAGAAAACAGCUCUCGUGCCUCCAGUCCCUCCUGCUCAGACUAUGAAAACUUCCCAAUGGUUCCCACUCUGGAGACCUCUUACCUAGCACGGGCUGGAAAGAAUGAGUUCCUCAACUUGGUGCCUGAUAUUGAAGAAAUGCGGCCAGGAUCUGUUGUGUCCAAGAAGGGUUUCCUAAGCUUCAUGGAGCCUCGCUCUAACUCAUGGGUGAAGCACUUUGUGGUUGUUCGCCGGCCCUACGUCUUCAUCUACAACAGUGACAAGGACCCAGUGGAGCGAGGCGUCCUCAACCUCUCCACGGCACAGGUGGAAUACAGCGAAGACCAGCAGGCCAUGCUCAAGACUCCCAACACAUUUGCAGUGUGCACAAAACACCGAGGCAUCCUCCUGCAGGCCAACAACGAGAAAGACAUGAACGACUGGCUGUACGCUUUUAAUCCUCUGCUAGCAGGAACGAUAAGAUCUAAGCUGGCGAGGCGGCGCAGCGGCCUGAUGAAGAACUGAGCGGGCGGAGCGGAAACCACCGCUUCCAUCCUUUCUCAAAAGCCUUUGAAAAUACCAAGUGUUAACACUUAUUAAUCAUUGUGAUUCUUGACGGUUUUCUCUUGUAAGUAGACUUGUGGCUUAAGUCUCUUUUCAUGCGACUAAAACUUUUAAGUUCCAGAGAACUUUUGCCUCCCCACUUCCUUCCAGCAACCCCGCUGCCAACUUAGCUGUCCUCCUCUCUAUUCCUCCUCCCUCCUUCCACCCCCUCAGCUUUUUGUGUUUUCGUUUUUCUGACAAUGUUUGGGUCUAAUUCUGUUUCCGCUUUGUCGUCAUUCCCAAACUCCCUAACUAAGUAGCAUGUUGUAGUAGUCUACUUGUGUGUGCACGACUCUUCAGAAACUUUCUGUUUGCCAAUCAUCUGUACAAAAAAAAAGUCUGAGUGUUAUUUGUCUCCAGAAAUGAGUUUUAUUCUUUUUUUUUUUUAAUUAUUAUUAUUAUUAACAUGCUUGCAUGAUACCUGCAGCAGUCCUCAGGAGAAGACCAGGCUUACUCAGUUUAAGAAAAAACAAAUUGAACCAUAUCAGCCAACUUGCAGUUGAAACCAUGAAGGAAAAAUCUAAGGAUCUCUCCAAGUGAGUUAGUUUAUGCUCUGCUACCUAAACUAUUGCUGCUAAUAGAAUUAUAGGGUUUUUUCUUCUUAAGAUGAGAUUUGCAUCAGGCUGAACGGUCUCUAAAACAAAAACUUAAAAUGGGAAGAAAUUUGACUCGAGGGCAGUGCCGGUUUUCCACCGUCAUCCACAUGAUGCUUAGAUCCUCCUCAAUCUGUGUGCAUACACCGACUCCAACCCCCCGAUAGUGUCACUUAGUGAGUAAAACGCUCAUGUAUUUGUGUUAACAUCCAAGCUGCACACUAACUAGAGAAAAACAAGCAAAAACAUACGAGGAUCCUUUCAUAUCUCAGCAGUAAAAACGCAACAACCGAUUCCUCCUGCAGGAAUCGGUCCGUGCCGCUGUCCUUUUGCUGUUUCAUCCCAAGGGAAAAAAAAAAAACAGGGUUACAAGGAGAUGAGGAGGAGGACUAGGGGAAUGAAAACAGACUAGAGGGAGAUAUUCAUUUGUACAUACAGUCUGUUCUGGGAUCAGGGCGGUAGUUAACCCUCAUUUAAGACAUUCCUCUUCGCUCUUCGGGCUUACGCUGACUCGCUGAGCCUCAGAUGGCCUCGACGUUCACUGUUAUUUCAUGUUAACUUUACACUCUUGUGACGACAGAGACAAAAACAGAACACAGUGAAAUGGGUAGGAGGACGUGAAGAAAAAGAAUGACGGUGCAAUGUUUUUGCUUUGACGCCAGUAGUUAGCCAGCAAAGCUGCUUUCACAUCGCCUGCAGGACAGAUUACGAUACGGUCCCGUGACCCCCCCCCCCCCCCCCCCCCCCC